UGCUUUGAUAUUUCUUCUCUUCAUUUUUACUCUCUGGUUCUCUUUUAGUGUCUGAGUCUGGACAUUUUACUAUUUCUUGAUUUCCUUUUUCUGUUGCCCGUGCAUUGAGUCUGUCUUAACUACUCCUUUUUUUUCUAGUUAUGAUUUUGAUGGCUUGGAAGCUUCUGGUUCCUUUACAGGUUCAGCGGAAUGAGGACAAAUCUACUACCCUGAAAUUGGCUGAUUUUGGCCUUGCAAAGCAUGCGGCGAGACCCAUAUUUACUGUGUGCGGGACUCCAACUUACGUAGCUCCUGAGAUUCUUUCUGAGAAAGGUUAUGGCCUGCAGGUGGACAUGUGGGCUGCAGGUGUGAUUCUCUACAUCCUCCUGUGUGGCUUCCCCCCCUUCCGAAGUCCGGAGAGGGACCAGGACGAGCUCUUCAGUAUCAUCCAGCUGGGCCACUUUGAGUUCCUUGCCCCUUACUGGGACAACAUCUCUGAUGCUGCGAAAGAUCUGGUGAGCCGGCUGCUAGUGGUAGACCCCCAAAAGCGCUCCACAGCUCACCAGGUCCUUCAGCAUCCCUGGAUUGAAACAGUUGGAAAGACCGGCACACUGACCCUACAGAAGGAGGCGUCCACCAGCAGCGAGGGCCCCUCUCGAAGCCUGCACAAGAAGGGUGCAGAGGUGGCACUGUAGUCACCGCCUGGAGCAUCCGCUCAGCCUCCAUUCUGCUCGAGGUCGGGGUGGAAGGCGGAGAGCAAAACAAUGAGAGAUGGAAAACCAGGAGGAGAGACACUCACUAAUAUUUUAAAGAUAAAGCAAGUCUUGAUGUUAAAUGUUGCAAUAUUCUUUUAGAUGUGUGUAUCUUACACCUUUAAUACUUUUCUUCUUCUUUUUUUUUUGGUGGGGGUAAGUUUUGGUAAUGACAAUGUGUUUGCUCCCUCCUUGGAAUCAAGUUCAUGGUGUACUACACGCAAUGCUUCUGGUGUCUGAACAGCCCCAUAAAAUUAAUAAGGCGAAUCAUGGUCUUUCUGUGUUAAUAAAGCAUACUCUGAGUAA